AUGUUUGAAAGUAUUAUUUGGAUAACUUAUAGAAGAAAAUUCCCUCCUUUAAAAGCUCCCUAAUAUGAAUAUAUUAGUGAUACAGGAUGGGGAUGUAUGAUAAGAGUAGGAUAGAUGGCUUUAGCAGAAGGUUUAAAAAGAUUUUAAAUCAAAGAAGACGAAAUAAUCGACCUAUUUUAGGAUAAAAAAGACAGUUUAUUUUCCAUAUAAAACAUAUGUGAAGCCGGAAAGGAAGAAUUUAAGUUAGAAGCGGGAGAUUGGUUUAAUCCUAUUAGAAUUUGUUACAUUUUAUAGAUUUUAAAUGAAAAAAAAGGGUUUAAAGAUCUAAAAAUAAGGACUAUUUCAAGCGAUAGAAUUCUGAUUUUUGAAGAUUUAGAGAUGGAGUUUUCCUCUGAAAAGAAUGGAUUAAUAUUAUUUUUAGUGUGUAAACUUGGUUUAGAGAAAACUGAAGAAAAUUACUUAAAAAUUGCUUUAAAGAUAUUCGAUUAUAAAAAUUCUAUAGGAAUGAUAGGAGGAAAACCGAAAAAAGCGUUAUUUUUUGUCGGAAGAAUUGAAGAUUAAUUGAUAUAUUUAGACCCUCAUUAUGUUUAGGAUUUUAAUUAAAAUAAUGUGGAUUAAAAUAGUUAUUUUUGUAAAAAUUAUGCUGUUUUAGAUUAAAAAAAAAUAGAUUCGUCUAUUGGUAAUGUACUUUUUUUCGAAAAUAAAGAAGAAUUGAAAAUGUUCUUUUAAUUUUUAGAUUAGUUAAAAGAAGAGUUUGUGUAAGAUUUCUUUUUGGCAGUCGAAAAGGUAAAACCAGAUUAUUUAAAAUAAGUUGAAUAUGAAAAUGAACUCUAUUCUAGUGAUUUUGAAGUUUUAUGA